AUGGAGGAUGGCGUGUCAGACACAGGGGUUCGGAUACUAUGCGGCAGCUUUGAGAAUUUGACAUCUGUCAAGUGGGAUUCCAGGUUUAAGGAACGCCAAAAAUUCAUCCGGAAAAACGAAAAUGAGCCAUAUAUUAAUACGCUAAAACGCGAGGAUGGAGAGGAAGGACGAGUGUCUCUUGCUCGAACUUUCAUGCAAGGCCCGGACACUAACAAUAUAUGCGUGCCGCAAGCUGACAAAGUCAGUCGAUUUUGCUCUGGAGCAUCAUUGGACAUCCUUCAGGACUCUAAGGCGCCUCAUCUCGUAGCCUUGCUAGACGAACGAAGCAUCAACGGAGGUACGAUCAGAUGCAGAGACACUCGUGGGCCGUGGACGGCAAGAGGUCUUUACGACAAAUUGCGAGCUCCUCGCUUUCCGGAGCAAGUAACACCUUGCGGGGCCUCCGCUAUUUCAACUCCUGACAAUGAGAAUGAAAGCCAGCUUGUACAACCAGAUGCAGAACGACGACUGAUCUAUCUGGUCGACCUGGAUCGCUGGUCUAUUUAUGCGCUCAUUGGGACAGUAUCAGAAAACCAAGCUCCUACUUUGCGGGCUGCUCUUUUCAGACAUCUGGCAUACGAGACCUUGAUUGCAGCAACAUUAUCACCAAAAGGAUUUCUUAGCUAUCAACUGGCUUUUCACCUGCCAUACUACGCGUUGAGGGAGUCAAGUCAUGCGAUCGAAGACCCUCGUAGGGAUAUGAACAAUAAUCCUCUUCGCCAUUAUCAAGAUGUUUCUUUCCUAGAUUGGAAUGAGCGUCGGAGCACCUGUGACAUUCUCUAUGAAGCUCAAGUUUCCUGCGUAGUUGCGGGUCGAAACGAAUGGAUCUGGGAUGCUUAUUGUUUCGUCGAUGCUUAUUUCGACCAAGGAGAAGGUAGGGACAGCAUAUCGAUUUAUAAAGAUGAAACUGAAGGCUACGAGGGUUUGUCUACAGAUCCUCUUACGAGAGGUGAAGAAGACGCAGACAAACCAAUUUGGGAUCCAAGAAUUUAUUUCCUAUUGCUCUUCAGGAUCCGUCUAGAGCAAGUCAAAACGGAGUGGCAAAAAGUGGUAGAGAAAGUGUGGCAGAGCGUUCGACACUAUGAACGGGCUCAGCACGAUCAAGUGUCGCAGGUCAGGAAAUACAGCUCCUCAAAAGACGCUGAUCAACAUAGUGAAAACGUGCGCAAAUCGCUAAAUUUCACGAGAAAAGCUAGACAGCUCUCGAAAAAGCUUCUAGACGGUUUAUCAAAAACCAUCGAUUCCUGCAAAAGGUUCAGUUCGAAGAAUGCCGUUACUUUUCAUGACCUUCGCAGAUCUGAGUCUGCGUAUCGCUCAAUAUCUGCAAUACAAGAAAUUUUCGAGGAAUUAGAGGCUCUGAAGAAGACGCUGGAGGGGCAGGCAGUGCGUUGUGAGGAUUUUACAAGAGAUCUCGAACUUCACCUAACUCAUGCAACAAUUGAUGUUGGCAAUAUCCAGAAGCAACUGGCCCAAGACAGCAAGACGCUGUCGGUGAUUAUGAUAUUGUUCAUGUCUCCCAUUAUGUUGACCGCAGGCCUGUUCUCGAUGGAUGAAUCUGUCCUGCCAUUCCCCCAGAACACCAGGACAUUUUUUCUCUCCACUAUAGUUUUGGGAGUCGUGGGACUGGUUUUUGCAAUCGCACCACCACAUAUCUUCAAAUUGAGGCAAGGCCACCACGGACAGCUUAAAGGCUUCUCAUUUCUGAAACGGCAAAGGACGUCCAUCUUUCGGCAAACCAGUCCCUCCGAUGACGCGUUGACUAGUUCGAAUUCAGAUGUCGAGGCACGGGCACUAGACACCACGAUGAGGAAUGCUAUAUCAAGGCAUAGUGUACCAUCAGUUUUUGCGCCACCGUCCAUUGUCGAUCAGCAUUCGGGGUAA